AUGAUGGACAUCAAUCUUUCUCUAAAGCUGGAGAAAGAGAAACAUGAAGAAAUAUCAAAACAAAGCUGUGAGAGAAAAAAAGAAUUACAAGAAGAUGAUGACGCUAGUGAUGAUGAAGAUGAACAAAUGGUGAAAGAAGACGAUGUCGACGAAUCUUGUUUAGGUUCGAGAACCCAAAAAGAAGAAAACGAACGUGAAGAGAUGCAGAUCGAGAUGGAACAUGUGAAAGAAGAGAACACGAGGCUGAGGAAGCUUGUAGAGCAAACCCUUCAAGAUUAUCGUCAUCUCGAGAUGAAACUCCCGGUUAUGGAUCAAACCAACAAGAUGGAUCUUGAAACGUUCCUUGGACCACAAGGCAGCUGGUGUGUGGAAAAAGCACGAAAAAGAGGAGCUGGGAGAUCUAAAUCCAUGGAAAGAGAAUUAGGGCUUUCCUUAUCUUUACAGAAGAAGCAGAAACAAGAAGAGACCAAGGAAGCUGAUCAGUCUCAUCAUCAGCAAAUAUACAAUAGUAGCAGCUUAGAUACGAAUGCACCACGUGUCAUAUCGUCUUCUCAGGGGAAUAGAAAGACCAGGGUUUCUGUAAGAGCGAGAUGUGAGACCGCAACGAUGAAUGAUGGAUGUCAAUGGAGAAAGUACGGUCAGAAAACAGCGAAAGGGAAUCCAUGUCCACGAGCUUAUUACCGAUGCACCGUUGCUCCAGGAUGUCCCGUUAGGAAACAGGUGCAAAGGUGUUUAGAAGACAUGUCGAUACUGAUAACAACGUACGAAGGAACACAUAACCACCCACUUCCGGUCGGAGCAACAGCCAUGGCUUCCACUGCCUCAACUUCUCCAUUCUUGCUACUCGAUUCCAGCGACAACCUCUCUCAUCAUCCUAAUUCAUAUUUUCAACAAAAUGGCAUCAACAAUCGAUCCAUAAGAAGCUUCAACUUCGAUGAUCCAUCAUCUAGAGGAGGAGGAGAUCAGGUUUCUUCUUCCCAAAACCGAUUAAAUUGGAUGAUGUGA